AUGCCCCUGCCAGCCAACGGGAGCCUUUCGCUCCAAGGUCACUCCCGACCUGGAGAUGCCGUGCAUUCCAAGCCCAAGCAAGCCAUGCUUGUUCGCAUGUCUGCAGAAACCCUAGAAGCCCUAUCCAACUUUCAAAAUCAACCACAGAUGGAUUUCGAGUUCGGUGACAACCCGGGGAUCUAUAUCGGCGAAACUUUCUUCCCUAUGCGUACGCGGUUGGAGAAUGUGCCCCAUGAUCUCUAUCUUCGCGCCUCAUCUGCUGCGAAGCCCAUGGCGCCUUUGAAGCUAUACGCAAAUGUCAUGGGCAAAUUCACCGUUGAACGGGAUCUAUCUACCGUCACCAGUAAAGUUCGCGAAAGUGCAGCCGAUGCCGCUAACCAGCGCUCACAGCGCCAACUUAUUGUCCUGGACGCCCCACCUCCAGAGGUAGGUGCCCCCGCUAGGAAGAAGAAGCAGCCCAAGACACCCAUGUUUCGUAAUCCGCACAAGGAACCAAUCCCCAACAAGAACACUUUACCAGUUCCCGUUCCCGCCGCUCGCGUCGCAUCUCCUGCACCGCCUGCACCGAAGCCGCCGCCCAAGGUCAACAAGGAGAGCACGGCCGCAAUGCGGAAGCGCCUCAUUCACUGCCUAGCAGUCGCAGAACGCAGCUCGGAGGAAGUCGUCCGGCUAGUUGUUGGGUCUGAUCCUGACCCCACUUCUAAGCGAGAUCUUCUCAGUUUAUUGGAAGAGGUAGCAGACAAACCGACCAAGAACGGGAACAAGUUGUCCAAGUGGAAGCUGAAAUCUGAGUCGUGGUUGGAUGUGAGGCCGUAUGAAUGGCCGAAACUCACAGAGGCGGAAAGAACAUCGAUGAUUCAUACCGCAAGGAAGGCGUUCACGACUCUCGGGAUACCUAAUGGUGACCCAGCCUGGGAUCACGUUAGAAUGCGCCCUGCCUCAAGCCAAUCAGUCAGUUCCAACGCAAGUGGUCCGAUUGCAGCGAGGACCGCUUCCCAAAACGGGCAGGCAGGACCUUCAGACGUAUCAAAGCGCAGCGCACCUUCCGCGGACAUUAUUAAGAAGAAAUCCAAAUCCAAACCAGAAGCACCAUUGGCCCUUGCGAGAGAUGAGCGGGUUCCCUCGGUAUCCAAAAGUAACGGGAAGGAGAGAUAUGCAGAGGACAGACCAUCGCCGUCCCCUUCUUUGUCGAACAAAUCUCUAGCCGCUGUGCGAAGGCCUGGAUCAGGGUACCGUCUUCCCAAAACUGCCUCCCAUGACAGUCACUCGGAGAGAGGAGACUCCCCGGCGCCGCCCCCAAUUCCUCGACCUAGACCACCUGUCGAUGUCCAGCGGAAGGAGAGAGACAUGCCCUCAUCCCUUCCCGCUAAGCCAGGACCUUCGGUGCCUCCCCCGGAACGCAAGCUUAAUGGAUCAACUUCAAUGCAAUCAGUCAAGAGGAAGCAAGAAUCACAGCUAGCGUCAGAUGUCGAGCGGGAACGGCCUAGGAAAGAUGUUGAUCGUGCUCGUGUCCGAGAACGCGAUCGCGACCGAGUGAGGGAACGGGACUCUGACUGGGAGAUGGACUGGGAGACGACCGAGCGCCAAACCAGAGACCCUGAGAAGCCGAGAAACAAGUUGGAUGUGUCUUCGGGAAGCCUGAAGCGGAAGAAAGUCCCUCGGGAUGCUGACGAGCAAGAAUACCUUCCCUCGCGGACGUCGUCCAUCAAACGACAGAAGCUUGAUAUUACUGAGAGAGGUUCAUCUUCGUUGAGAGAAGAGAGUGUGGUGAAGAAGAUGCCUAUGGCCCAGAAAGCAGAAGCAGCUACCAGUUCACCGCGCCCCAAACCUACCAGAGUAGAUCCUUCGCCCGCACCAGAACCACGUAUCAGACGGGAGGUUUCUCCGCCGCCGCCAAGACGUCAGUCAGACCUUCCGACUAAGGCUGCUUCAUCGUCCCGCCCCAACAAACAGAGGGGGUCCCCCGCACCCAAGCAUUUAAGCUCGAACAAGAAUCAUCGUCGACGAUCGCCCAUUUACACCACCACAGAGGAUGAGGCAGACGAACCUUCGCCUAAACCUGAUAAACCUGUUCUGCCUACACCACCCAAGACCGUCAGACCCUCUCAUCAUUCAUCUCAUACCAGUGCUCGUUCGCAAGCACGCCCUUUACCCAGUGACCACGCUUCCCUCCGCGCUCGGUACAGCCAAUGCUAUCGCCGAUAUUUAAUCACAUUCGAGAAAAUCCUGGCGCAAAAGGACAAGAUAGAGAACAUGCUGACGAAGGAUGGGAGCGUCGGCUCUUUGACCGACGCUGAUUCAGAUGGGGAGCUGAUGGACACCGACGACUUGGGUAAGCUCAUGGCGGAGCACCGAAGGCAGCACGAAGAGCUCGCGAGCAUGCGGCAAGUGUUUGCAAAGGCCGAGUCUGGAUAG